AUGAAGCAGCUUCCUUUUCUCCUAGGUGCCAUAUUUUGGGCGUUGGCUCUCGGAGCCAUUAUUGCACCCCCCGCCCGAGACCUCGGCAUUGCCCCGGUUAGACCUCGAGACGCGAUAAAGUCCAAUGCAGCUGUUUACCACGCCAUCCGGCGCGCGGUUUCCACUGCAAGGCUCACUGGAAGGCAAAUCGAACAGGAAAGUAACAGCACCGUGCUCGACAAGAGUUGGGUGGACGCUGUCCUGUUUGCAUACCCUCACGAGACGGAAGUGGGACAGAAAGCUACCAUUGAAAACUCCAUCGAGAUCGUCUGCACGACAUGCUACAUCAAGGGGAAGGCUAGCUCCAAGUUCACCAUCGACGGGAAUUUUGAUGCGGGCCAGGCGCUCAAAAACUUCAGCAGCGACGUUAUCAACGAGGUCGGCCAGCUUGGAGGCCAGGUCGUCGACUACAUAAUGGACUACGUCCCCGACGUAGCGACAAAGAUGAAAGACGGGUUCGACCUCGACGACUUUGACCUCCCGCCCGCGAAGUUCGAUUUCAAUGUUGAUGUGCCCGAGAUUCCAGAAUUUCAGUUGCAGUUUAAGUUCGAGGAUAUGGAGCUGUAUAUGCUUAUUGACACCGUCCUUUCCUCCAGCGCUACCUACAACCUCAAUUUGUAUACUUCCAAUACACCGAUUGGACUUUCGGUUAGCAAGGAUUUGAUGAUUGGUGUCGUCUUGUCCAUCGACCUCAUCCUCAGCGUCAACGGUGAGAUUGACAUAAGCACGGGUUUCCACAUUAAACUCGAUGAAGGUGUGACGAUAGACAUUUCUCUGUUCUCUGACGACGUUUCGAAGAUCACCUUGAACGGUGGACAAUUUGAAUUCCUUCCCGUCACUGUUGAGAGCGCCGGCGUCGUAUUCAAUGCCAUCCUCCGCGUCGGAGUUCGGACAGGAUUUGAAGUCGCGACUCCCGGUCCGCCCGGGUUCGGGGCUAGUGCUGGUGUGGAAGUAGGCGUCCAUGCCAACGUCGCCGAGUUCGUCACCAAUGUCACAGCGUCCAUUGGUGAUGCCGAGGAGGACUGCCGCCUUCGGGUGGAGGAAACGUACCAGCUUGCCCUCGGCGCUCGCGCUGGCGCCUCGGUGGCCUGGCGGGAAUAUACCUGGGGUCCCGUACCGGAGACCAAAAUCCCCAUCUUCUACACUACUUUGUCGAAUGGGUGUGCCAUCCAGAAGAGCAGCCCUGUGACCACGUCGGUGCCAACGGUUACAGCCACGAAGGCGGUCGAGGCUAGGGCGGAGAGUGAUGAAGAACUCAAAACCACCACCCUCACGACAACGGUCGUAUACACAGGUGUUGCCUGCUUAUCGCAGGAACUUGUGGCUUGCCCCGCCUCCCUUCAGACAACGUCUAAGUUUACGACCACCAAGACGCACGUUACCGUCGUACCAUCCGACGCUGAUCCGACCUUCCCCCAAUCGGUUCUCAGUACCAUAUCAAGCGUCGUUCCCUUUGGCAGCGGCGUUCAGAAGUUACCCGCAACUUCUGGGAGUCCUGUAUCCUACGUGCCUCCUCCGCCAACAGAAACUGCAAAUCCAAAGGACAAUGAUGAUGAAGAUGACAGUAGCUUAUCAGAUUUUGUUAAUGAUAAGACAGGCGGAGUACCAAACCGCGUCAUCCUCGGUGUCAGCAUUGGACUGGGUGUGCCGGCCCUAAUCGCCAUCGUUGUUGGCCUUGUAUUCUUCAUGAAGAGGAAAAAGUACGCGCCGGUGCAGACCGGCGAUGCCUUGGCUCACGCUGGACCGUUACGGUCAGAGCCAUACGAUUCCGGCUCACAUCUUUCCAAGUCGAACAGCCAAAAUGUGGUUGGGAGAGCCGAAUAA